AUGUUUAAGCGAACAGAAAGUAACAGAGAGAGUGAGUACUCUCUACCUGCCAAACGACCAAAAUAUGAUACUAAGAGAGGAACUUUGAAGGGUGUUUCCAUAAAUAAUAGAGAAUCAGCAAAUAAAAGGAAUGGAAGGUCUGAUGAUAUUUGGGGAGCUGAUUUUGCUGAAGCGGAUAUAGAAGAAAUGGAUUUUGUGGCUUCUCAAGCUUGCUUACAGGAAGAUAAUGAGUUGACUCAAUUAAACAGAGACAAAAAUGUAUCAUGUAUGCAACGAUAUAAUACUGUACCAUCCAGUAGUAAAACUAUAAAUGGUAAUAGUAGUAAGAUAUCAAGGUCUUUAUAUAUGUCAAAAUGCAAUAUUCAAAGAAAAGAAAUAGAAGAUUCACAAGAUACAAGCAUGAUAGUUUCUGUUAAUUACAAAGAAUUUAAGGAUAAAUUAGUGAAUAAAAAAGUAUAUAAUUCAACAUUUAAACUAGAUGAUACUAUUAUAGAACCAGUAUAUGCAAAAGAAUUGGAGAAGUUAAAAUCUGAAAAUAAAAAAUUGUUAGAUGACUUUAUAACUAAAGAAGGAGAAGCUGUUUUUCUACGUAAUCAAUUGCAGCAGACUCAGUUGAGAGCAGAAAAUGAUAAAUUGGAAAAAACGCGUUUCAUUGAACAACAAGAAAAUCGGCAUAGAACAGAAAUUAAUGCUAUAUGUAAAGAGAAGGAACAUUUAAAAACACAACUGGAAUUACAAGCAUUUGAAGUAGGGAAUCUACUGGAACGUUGUAAACUGUUAGAAAGUGGAAAUGUUAAAUUAACAGAACCACAUUCUAUAAAUUUUAAUACUUUUGUAAAUAGAAACAAAUGUAACUCACCAGUAAAUCGGUCCUUGAUUUCAUCCACGAAAUCAAUAAAGGUCAGGGAAGCUUGUGUUCAAGCAAAUGUGCAUAAUAAAAGCAGUCAUUUUCUUAGAAUUUGGAAUCCAUAUUUCCCUCUGGCAGAAAUUCCUAAAUUAAUAUACGAUCUACCACAACCGGAAAAACCUAUAGUCGAUAUUCAAAUUAUAGAAAAAGUUGGUCGACGAAAUUUGCCCAUUUUACAAGAAGAAAAUACAUUCAGAAUAUUUGAAAAUCCAGAAUUGGUAAAACCUGUAACGACCAUAAUAGACGAUAAGAGAUUAACAGUGGAGUACAUUUUUCCGGAAAUAGCUGCUCUUCAGCGAAAGACGAACUCAGAACUUGAGGCGGAAAAUACUAUACCAAUAAUAAACAAAUUAGUUUCUACUUCAAGGGAACUGCUCCUCAAUAUAAUAAUCGUUCUCCAAACGAUUUUUCAAGCUAUGAAAAAUGACGAUAUUCGAGACAUGAACGAUGUCUAUUUCUCUGAGUUGUACUCGAGUUCUGAUUUCAAUGGAAAAUCUGUGUGUUCUGCGAGUGCAUGGCACGAAUAUGAACGUGGCGUUGAAACUAGAAGAAUAUUCGGCUUGUUGUCGUACGUAACUUUGGAAUCUACUUAUCUCAGCAAGCAUAUUGCAGGAAAAACGUGUUUGCUUACGGAAAGGGAUGAAUAUUAUAAAUGUUAUUCAUGCCAAAUGGUUCAUUAUAAUACGUGGUCGAAGAAACACCAUAAAUUUGAGAUACUUGAAAUGUUAUUACAAUUUGUUAUUUUAGUUGGAUCUACGGUAAGUUAAAUAAUAUCCCAUCAAUUUAGUGGUCUUAUAUGUGCAAUUAUGAUGAUUAUUUGCAAUGUACAUAAAAAAGUCGAAUAUUGUUCCGAGGGAAUGGAGUAUAUCUAUCGGAUAUUUAAGGAAAUAGUGUUUGCUAGACCUUUGCCAUAUUGUUAUACUCUGCUCUGCAAUAUAAUGCUGAUUUUUGUAAAAUCCUCGACGUACUUGCGAAAACUUUGUGUUAAUUCACAAUCAAUGGCGGUAAACAAUUGGAAAGGUUCUCUGCAUUUUACUCCAGAUGCUUGUCCGUUGCAAAUAUUUUUAGCGCAGGUCGAGAAUUAUCACUUUGACAUAAUAGCUGCAAUAGAUACCACGGAUAUAUUGUUACAAUUUGUGCAGUACAUAUUACACACGGACAUUAUUUCCUUGAGAUCUGAAACUUUGAAUUCUUGUAACUGUUGCAUGAAAUUAUUGAGAUUCACCAUUAAAACUAUGUCCAAGUGUUCCGAGGCAAAUUUGGCUGCCCUGGGAAAUUUCAAUUUUGACAAUUUUCCUGUACCAAAGAAAGAUACAUGCAACUUGAAGAGUAUUUGUGCCAAACACUCUGUCUUUUAUAUAGGAACAAGUAAGAUGUGUAUACGCGAUAUAUAUCAAGAUAAAUUUUCGGAUGAAAAUGCUUGGACAACUAUGAAGAGGAGGCAGUCGAAGAUAUUGAGAGACGGAAUAAGAUUCUUAUCUCACUUGGCGAUAUGUGACCCUGAUUUUGUAAUUAGAUUGUCAGAAAUCGAGGAUUCGUUUCAUUUGUUCAUGAGAAACUUGAGUGCCUUCGACAAUUUUGUUCUUCAUGAAAACGAACAAGAAGCUAUGAAUCGAAUUAAACAAACAUUUAUUUUCGACAAAACGCUGCAAUCUGAAACCGAGUAUUUUAACAGAGGCACUUCUUCGAAACAGUUGGACAUAAUGACAAAUUUCGAAAGGACGUUCGUUCAACCACUGUCAACAAGAUCGAAAAAAAACGAGAACCACAAUAAAGUUUUGGUCACGUUCAAAUCACUGUUCAAUAGCAGAAUGGAUUUCUCUAACCAUUAA